CUCCCAGCACCCCUCUCCGCCCCGGUUUGGAUGUAACUCGAUCGGAUCCAGGCUGCUGACUGAGCGGUUGGUCGGGUGGUCGGUGGUCGGUUGUUGCUUGGAGCUGGAGGCCGGGAGCAGGACAGCGUCUGGCCGGGCUCUCGCGUCCGGUGGCGGAGGGUCACCGUCGGUCGGUCGGUGGAGAUCGGAGCUCGCAGGGACCCGCUGGUGCGGCUCUCUGUGUUUUUGUGCGUUUCUCUUUCGGGUCUGGACUCCGCUGCACACGGGAUUAACCGAUUGACGCUCCGGUACCGGGGAGUUUGGAUGUGAAGUCACCUGGAGUCCGGGCGGAGAGACGGGUUCGAUGGCGCAACGGUAUGAAGACAUGGCCCACUACGGGCUGGAGGGCGUGGGCGGCGUCUACGGAGACCCGCACCACCACCACCACCACCCUCACCACCACCACCACGCCGCCCGCUCUCUGCAGGCCGUGCACAUGGCCGCCGCCGCCGCCGCUGCCGCCGCCGCUGCCGCCGCCUCCGCCGGUGGCGGUGGUGGUGGUGGCGGCGGUCAGGGUGGUGGUGCAGGUGGUGGUGCGUACCUGCCGCACCAGUACGCCCAGUCCACCCACACCGGCAGCAGCAUGGGCGCCACAGCCGGGGACGCCGUCAAGAGGGACAAAGACGCCAUUUAUGGACAUCCUUUAUUCCCUUUGCUCGCACUGAUUUUUGAAAAAUGUGAAUUGGCGACGUGCACGCCGAGGGAGAGCGGCGUGGCCGGAGGCGACGUCUGCUCCUCGGACUCCUUCAACGAGGACAUCGCCGUCUUCUCCAAGCAGAUCCGAUCAGAGAGGCCUUUAUUCUCAUCCAAUCCAGAGCUGGAUAAUUUGAUGGUACAGUCCAUACAAGUGCUGCGCUUCCACCUCCUGGAGCUGGAGAAGGUCCACGAGCUCUGUGACAACUUCUGCCACCGGUACAUCAGCUGCCUGAAGGGCAAGAUGCCCAUCGACCUGGUGAUCGACGACCGGGACGGGAGCCGCUCGGACAGCGAGGACUUCAUCCGCUCCGCCGGGAACAACGCCGAUCAGAUCUCGUGGAGCAGAGAUCACGACGACGCGGCGUCCGUCCGGUCGGCCGGGACGCCGGGGCCGUCCAGCGGGGGACACACGUCCUACAGCGGAGACAACAGCAGCGAACAAGGUGACUGCAUGGAUAACGGCGUGGCGUCCCCCAGCACCGGGGACGACGACGACCCCGACAGAGACAAACUGCACAACAAAAAGAGGGGCAUCUUCCCCAAAGUGGCCACCAACAUCCUGAGAGCCUGGCUCUUCCAGCACCUGACGCACCCGUACCCGUCGGAGGAGCAGAAGAAGCAGCUGGCUCAGGACACCGGCCUCACCAUCCUGCAGGUCAACAACUGGUGA